AUGUCAGAAAAUUAUAAUGAAUUAAUUGAAUCCCUUCCCUUAGAUAUUCGUAAGAAAGUGGCUGAUUGGCUGAGAUUGGAUAAAAAUCAAGAAACCAGAGACGAACUUAUACAAUUAUGUAAAGAAAAGCAGUGGAAUGAGUUGGGUGAAAGAUUUUGCUCAAGAAUUGUGUUUGGGACAGCUGGAUUAAGGGCUAGAAUGGAAGUAGGAACAAAUAGAUUAAAUUCUUUAAUAAUCUUACAAGCCACACAGGGGUUAGCCAAAUAUAUAGAAAAGCAAUUCCCCGCCAAUAAAACUGCAGUUGUGGGUCAUGAUCAUAGGUAUCAUUCAAAGGAGUUUGCUAAAGUGACAACAGCAAUUUUUCUAAGAGCAGGCUUUAAGGUAUUUUCUUUAAAUCCUGACAAUUCUUUAGUCCAUACACCCAUGGUACCUUUCACUGUAGAUCAUCUAAAAGCUUCUGUGGGUGUCAUGAUAACAGCUAGUCAUAAUCCUAAAAUGGACAAUGGCUACAAAGUGUAUUUCAACAAUGGGUGCCAAAUUAUUCCACCACAUGAUUCUAAAAUUGCUGCUAGUAUCGAUGAAAACUUACAACCUUGGGAAGAUGAUUGGAAUUGGGAUGCUACUUUGAAAAAAGGAUUGGAUACUAAAAAACUGGAAUAUGUAAAAGAUGACAUGACAAAACUGUAUAUCAAAAAUAUGAGUAAACUAUUGAUUAAUGGUUCAGUAUUCUUAGGUCAGGAACUGAAAAAGCCAUGGUUUGUGUAUACCCCUAUGCAUGGUGUCGGUUAUGAAAUAUUUAAUUUUAUAGCUGAACAAUUAUUAGGUCUAAAAGACGGUCAAGAUUAUCUAUCUGUUAGAGAACAGGUUUUACCAGAUCCAAGUUUCCCUACUGUAAGUUUUCCUAAUCCAGAAGAAAGAGGUGCAUUAGACAAUGCAAUUAAGUUAGCUGAAAAGAACAGAAUUUUUCUUGUUGUGGCUAAUGAUCCAGAUGCAGAUCGUUUUUCAGUUGCAGUUAAAAAUGUGAAAUCUGGAGAAUGGAAUCAAUUAACUGGUAAUGAAAUUGGAUAUCUCUUUGCUAAAUAUCAUUUCGACACUUACAAACAGUUACCAAAGGAAUUCCAAAAAUUACACCCAUUAGCUUUAUUAAAUUCCACUGUAUCUUCUCAGAUGAUUAAGCAUAUGGCACAAAAGGAAAAUUUUCAUUAUGAAGAAACACUUACUGGAUUUAAAUGGAUUGGCAAUUGUGCAAGAGAUUUAGAAAAAAAGGGUUAUUAUGUGCCAUUUGGUUAUGAAGAAGCUAUUGGGUAUAUGUUUACUGCUAUGGAACAUGACAAGGAUGGUAUUAGUGCCACUGUAGCAUUCCUAAAAGCUUAUUGUAAUUGGCUACAAGAGAAGAACCAGUAUCCACAAGAAAUUUUAGAAGAAGGUUUUAGAAAAUAUGGUAUUUUCAAGGAAUAUAAUGGCUAUUACAUAGUUAAAGAUCCAUCCAUGAUGAAAAAAGUGUUUGAUUAUAUACGUUUUGAAUAUGAUCCAACGAGCAGAUAUCCACAAAAGAUUGGUGAUUUAUUCCAGGUUACAUACUUCAGAGAUUUGACGUGUGGUUUCCAAUCUGACACGCCAGAUCACGAACCAUUACUUUUUGUCGAUCCCAAAUCUGAAAUGAUUACAGUUGGUGCCAAGAUAAUUGGUGAAGACAAUAAAUCUAUUCGAUUGACUAUGAGAGGAUCAGGAACAGAACCAAAACUGAAAAUAUACAUCGAAGUGCGUUCUAACAGUGAAGAUGAUGCAAAGGCUUUAGCAAAGACUGUAUGGGACACUUUGAGAGAUGAAUGGAUUAGGCCAGACAUUACUGAAUUAACCACAAAUUUUUAA